CUCAGAAGUGGUUCGGGUUUCAGAGAGGCGGCGAUUGUGGGUGGCCGGGCAGCCUGCCUGCCGCUCCCGCCCACCACCCUGACCGCGCCGCCAGGUUUGCAGCGCGCCUCGCCCGAGGGGCCGGGGCCUCUGCGCCGCUCGGCGCCCCUGUGCGCGCACCUGGCAGCAGACGUGGGCCUAGCGGAGCGCCGGACAUGUCCUCCCCGGCGAGCCCAGCAAGCGGGCUGGCCGCCGGGCGCCCUGGGGAGGGGGCGCCGCCCUGGGCCUGGAGCUCCGAGCCCGUGGACCCUGUGGCGGGGGCGCCGCCUCUCCCCAAAGGAAAAGCAGCCGAGCAGAAAAAUGGGAAUGGAUGCGAACAGGCAGUUCUCAGAAGGGGCUGAUGAACACAGACAUGAUCAUUCUCACAAGCAAUCAGGAAAUGUGGAUCAAAACCAUGAUGUACGAUUUCACCCUGACCAGCUCUCUCCCCCGGGCACAGGUUCCGGGCGCGGGGAGGCCGAGACGCGGGAGUGCAUCUACUACAACGCCAACUGGGAGCUGGAGCGCACCAACCAGAGCGGCCUGGAGCGCUGCGAGGGCGAGCAGGACAAGCGGCUGCACUGCUACGCCUCCUGGCGCAACAGCUCAGGCACCAUCGAGCUCGUCAAGAAGGGCUGCUGGCUGGAUGAUUUCAACUGCUACGACAGGCAGGAGUGCGUGGCCACCGAGGAGAACCCCCAGGUGUACUUCUGCUGCUGCGAAGGCAACUUCUGCAACGAGCGCUUCACCCACCUGCCUGAGGCGGGCGGCCCGGAAGUCACGUACGAGCCACCCCCGACAGCCCCUACCCUGCUCACUGUGCUGGCCUACUCGCUGCUGCCCAUCGGGGGCCUCUCCCUCAUUGUCCUGCUGGCCUUCUGGAUGUACCGGCAUCGCAAGCCCCCCUAUGGCCACGUGGACAUCCAUGAGGACCCUGGACCUCCACCCCCAUCCCCUCUGGUGGGCCUGAAGCCACUGCAGCUGCUAGAGAUCAAGGCUCGGGGGCGCUUUGGCUGUGUUUGGAAGGCACAGCUCAUGAACGACUUUGUGGCUGUCAAGAUCUUCCCACUCCAGGACAAGCAGUCGUGGCAGAGUGAACGGGAGAUCUUCAGCACACCUGGCAUGAAGCAUGAGAAUCUGCUGCAGUUCAUUGCCGCUGAGAAGCGAGGCUCAAACUUGGAGGUGGAGCUGUGGCUCAUCACGGCCUUCCACGACAAGGGCUCCCUCACGGAUUACCUCAAGGGGAACAUCAUCACAUGGAAUGAACUGUGUCACGUGGCAGAGACAAUGUCAAGAGGCCUCUCAUACCUACACGAGGAUGUGCCCUGGUGCCGUGGCGAGGGCCACAAACCAUCUAUUGCCCACAGGGACUUUAAGAGCAAGAAUGUAUUGCUGAAGAGUGACCUCACGGCCGUGCUGGCUGACUUUGGCCUGGCUGUUCGGUUUGAGCCAGGGAAACCUCCGGGGGACACUCAUGGGCAGGUGGGCACACGGCGGUACAUGGCCCCUGAGGUGCUCGAGGGAGCCAUCAACUUCCAGAGAGACGCCUUUUUGCGCAUCGACAUGUACGCCAUGGGCCUGGUGCUGUGGGAGCUCGUGUCCCGCUGCAAAGCUGCCGAUGGACCUGUGGACGAGUACAUGCUGCCUUUUGAGGAAGAGAUUGGCCAGCACCCGUCACUGGAGGAGCUGCAGGAGGUGGUCGUGCACAAGAAGAUGCGGCCUGCCAUCAAGGAUCACUGGCUGAAACACCCGGGCCUGGCUCAGCUCUGCGUGACCAUUGAGGAGUGCUGGGACCACGACGCAGAGGCUCGUCUGUCCGCCGGCUGCGUGGAGGAGCGGGUGUCCCUGAUCCGGAGGUCUGUCAAUGGCACUACCUCGGACUGUCUUGUCUCCCUGGUGACCUCCGUCACCAAUGUGGACCUGCCCCCGAAGGAGUCGAGCAUCUAAGCCCAGGACAUGAAUGGAUCUCCAGACUCAGUGGAUCUGAAGAGGAAAGAAAAAAAAAAAAGUUGUGUUUUGUUUUGGAAAUCCCAUAAUACCAACAAACACGUAAAAUGCAGCUGCUAUUUUACCUUGACUUUUUAUUAUUAUUAUAAUUAUUAUUAUUAUUAUUAUUAAUAUUAUUUUUUGGAUUGGAUCAGUUUUUACCAGCACAUUGCUCUACUGUAUCGCAAACAGCGGACACGUCAGCAGGCGUUGAGGUGCUGAGCUGUGAAUGCAGAACCAGCGCCGUGCUGAAGAGCCUCGGCCACCUCCUGCCCUUCGGGGUUCAUUUUUCCCUCUUUCUCUUUGUUUGUUGUCUCAGAAUCUGUGACACAAAGAAACCCAUCUCCUGUCUUAGGAAACUUAAUGCUGCAAACUCUACCUAGAGGAACCUUUGAAGACUGUUACAUAAGAACACAUCUUCCUCAAAAGAGGAGUUCCCCUCUGUCCUCGUCCCCCACCCCCCCCACCCCCCACCCCCCGCC